CCUUACAUCAGAAUCCUGAUAUCAGUACAAAAACUUUUAUUCUGCGAAAAGUUUUACUUUCUGAGUUUUCUUUAUUCAUUUUUUAAUACAGCCAUGAUGAAGUUAUUAGUCUUUGCUUUGGUGGCACUUUCUGUCGGUUCCGCAUUACCCUUAGCAGCAGACUUAGGUGAUUCAGAGGCCCCAGAAACAAAGCCUACGCCGAAAGACGUAUUACAAAAACUGUUUAAUAUAACGGACGAUGAUUUGAAUCAAAAAUGUGACAAUUCUGAUGAUGACGACCAAGUUAGGUGGGAAAAAGUAAGGCAAGCUCUCAUAGAUCUUCAUGAUGCUGAAGUAAAAGCGAGGAGAGCAAAUAAGUCCCCGAAACAUUGUGUUCGUAAGGCGCAAGUAAAUGUCAUUAAAGCAGCACUACCGUGUGUCCAAGACGAUAAAGUCGCAGAUUCUCUCGAAUUCUAUCAACAAAUAUAUACAUAAGUUCGAAAAAUUAAAUAAUGACUCUACCAUCGUAUAUGGUCUGAAUGGAAGACAAUUUAACUACACUCUUGUACCUCUGAAUCUAAAAUCUGAAAAAAAGAAUAACCUAAUCUUCUAUGCAUUCGAAACCAUUACUUUGAGCUGAAUCCCGAUGACUAUGACCAAGUCUUCUCCAACCUCCACUAUGUAUGAUUUAAAGAUUUGUCUGCGCUUGUAAACUUCGAUACCUUCACUGCUUCAAAAAUGCAACAACAUUGGCUACAAGGAGUGUAUAACGGUAAAAUUUUGACUGCAUUUUUUGUUUUGCACAACAAAAUGUGUAGCAUCCUUAUUAAUGGCCAAGACAUUACAAAGAAAUCUAAAUGUGUAAAAGCAGUUGUUAAAAAAGAAACUGACUUCAUCUACAUUAACUGCUAAUAACUUAGUUAAGUGAAGGAAUGCGGAUAGUGAAUAAAUGUAUUGUAAACAAGAAAUGUCUGAAUAUAGAUUGUAAGUAGUAUAUAAGCUCACAAUGUAAAUAAAAAAUUGUAAAUAUAUUGAUAUUUAUUGUUAAUAAACAAGUGUAC